UUAAUGUUACAUGAAAUGAAGCCACUUCCUGUGGAUUCUAGAAUAUUGUCUCUGACUGCUCAGAUUACUGAAAGCCCUGAUCAGGAUAUUCCCGUGUUGCUACUAAAGUUAAAAGAAAUUUUAACGAGUGCAUCCCCUGGAAGUAAUGAAUUGAAGAAAAUUAAACAGGACUUAUACUACUGUGAUCUAGUUCAGUACUGUCUACUAGUCCUUAAGCAAGAUUAUACAAAAGUGCCUGGAAGCUGGACUACUGCUGCCCAGAUAGCAGAGAUAUUAAGUCAAUGUUGUGUAGGUCUUGAGGUGAAAACAGAACAUGAGGAGUUUUACAGUAAGCUGCUUCCUUCUGCUACGGACAGCCUCCUCUUCUUGGGAAGGCGUUUGCAAGCACGAUUCAUCCGGGCAAUCAAGGAUGAAGAAAGAAAUGAAUUUCUACGUUGUUUCAGGACAGUAACUGAUGCCAUCUGUUGGUUGUGUGGAGGUCACAUUCAUCUAGUAGAAAAUGUGCUUCAGAAUAAACAUUUCCAGCAAUUGCUGACCACUGAUGAUGCUGAAACAUCAACCAUGAUUCUGUCACUCUUGCAGAAUAUUUUAAGGACCAAUAGUAAAGCAUUAGUUCAAGUACAUGAAAAGACCCUACACUUCCUUUUGGAUGAACUUGUUUACAAGAUUUCCUCUACUACCAAUCCUGCCAGAGGAAAAGCAACCAUUAAACUGUUACUUUUGAUCACAGAAUCUGAUCCCCAACUUGUCACAACAGUGAUUACCCGCUAUAAAGGACUACAGUCUCUUCUAAGCAAGCAGUGGACUGGCAAAGGAUUUGACAAGAAUCUCAAUCAAUUUCUGGACUUGCUGGAUGCAGAAAACUCCAAUGCUUGUGAAACACAGAGACUGCAUCAAGCAGCUUGCUUAAUCCAGGCAUCUUGGAGAGGAUUUCAGACACGAAAAAGAUUAAGGCAGCUUCCAAAAGCUGUAACUAUCUUACAAAGGAAUUUUAGAGCUAAAAGAGAACAGGAGUUGCAAAGUUUAAAAAGACAGAGAGAAGAAGAGCAUCUUCGUCAACAACUGCAGCUUCAGAGACAGAGAGCUAUGAGGUUGUUUCAUGAACGGCAGCUAACACUAUUGGAAAUUGUCCAUGCAGGUCAGGUAGAUAAGCAUAUACAUGAAAUGAAAGAGAAGGCAGCCCUAACUAUCCAAAGGUACUGGAGAGCACUUAAAGCAAGGAGAAAUUUUCAUCAGCAAAAAAGAUCUCUCAAGGAAUAUAAAGCAGCUGUCCUCAUUCAGAGAGCGGUGCUUAAAUUCUUGGAGAAAAAAAGAAGAAAGGCAUAUUCUCUCUGGAAGCCACCUGAAUCUCUUUCAGAUGAACAGAGGAUAUUGUUGCAGCAAAAAGUGGAAAACUAUAUCAAACUGCACCCAGCUUCUGAGAUGUCAGAAGAAAUGAGCAGAGAACUUCAUCAUCAAGCCCAGGAAAAACUAGCCAACUAUUUGCUGAGAAAAAGAGAGGAUCAGAAGGCAGAACAACAUCGAGAGGCUUUGCUAGCCCAAGUUCACACAGAUGUGGAUCAAUUGUUAAGUGCUCCAAGUCUCUCAGAAUGUACCACGAGGGAUCUACAUGUCUUUAUGAGCAGAUCAGUUCCUGUGGUAGCCAAAGCCAAGCAGUCCCAUAAUGCUAUGUUGAAAUAUAUACAGUGGCCCUGGUGGAAGAAGCUUGAAGAAGACUUCUUUAAAGAAGAGGCUGACUCAGUGGAUCUUUUGACUGCUGAACUGGAGACUUUGUUCAUUGGUGGAAGCAAAGCAUGAUUAUUGUAAAACACACCGUAGCUAUGUAAUUGUCCACUUUUUCUUCCAUACAUUUUUCUCCGAAGUGUAUUAACAUUCAGAUACUUAAUUUGUCGUUACAUGUAUAGCUAUUAUCCACUGAACUGAGAAUAGGAUUCUACAUUC